CGCCAGCGCCGGGGCCAUGGAGCGCUGAGGGCGGAAACCUGAGGGGAGCCUGAGGAGAACCGGAGGAGAACCGGAGGAGAACCGGAGCCGCCGCCGCUGCCGAAGGUUGCCCCUCUGAAGAAAUUCUGUUUACCUGAAGUUUUUUAUCCUGGUCUGCACUUGAAACUUGAUAAUGAAGAAGAGCAGAAGUGUCAUGACAGUGACUGCAGAUGAGAACUCCCUGGAUUACCUGGAAUGUGGGCUCAGCAAAUCCUACAGCACUUCCAGCCACGCCCUGGGCAUCGACCUGUGGCGGGGCCGCCGGUGCUGCUCGGGCAACCUGCAGCUGCCCCCGCUGGCCCAGCGGCAGACAGAGCGGGCCAGGACGCCUGACAGGGACAUCAGGACACCUGAGAGGGACGUGGUGUGCAGACCCACCACCCUGCCCCUGCUGCCACCGCCCAGCAUCGCCAUCACCACCUACCACGACUGGUAA